AUGAAAGAGUAUUUGAUUCUACUUGCUCAAGUAUACCCAGAUUUCAGACUAGCAGAACUUGAUGCGCUAGCUAAAUUGAACGGUAUAGAUGUGGAUUUGUCCCAACAUGAUCCCACCAGACCUUUCCUCAAGGUCCAAUUGAGGGAUGACAACGAUGCACAAGCUCUUAUACUGAGAGCGGUUUUGUCAAAAGCUAUAUACGAGCUUUGGGGUGAAGGUGAAAGCUACGAGCAACUCCAUGAAAGUGUCAAAGGCAACAGCAGUAAUAAAUUUGAGGUGUACAAAAAUGUCACAUUUAAGUUUGACUUUGAAGGUUACAAAGGUCGUCAAAACUCAAAGGCCAAAAAAGCCAUUAUAGAAUCAUUCGAAUACUUAGGUUUUCAAGGAGCUGUCGAUUUAAAAAGUCCUAAGGAGUGUUUCACAGUAAUUGAGGAGUAUGAAGUGUUCGGGAUGGAAAAGGCACUGAAGCCAAAAUACAUCUGGUUCGGACGCCUUGUUUCCUUGUCCCAAAGGACUGAAAAGAAUGUUGUUGAAACCUAUGAUUUGAAAAAGAGGGGAUAUAUAGGGACUACGUCGUUUGAUGCAGAACUCUCGUUGGUUACUUGUAACUUAGCCCAUGUAAAGAGUGGUCACAUAAUUUAUGAUCCAUUUGCCGGAACCGGCUCAUUUUUAGUAACUGCCGCACACUUUGGAGGACUAGCCAUUGGAUCAGAUAUCGAUGUGCGAAUGCUUUCAGGUAAUGGGUCAGAACAAAACGUUAAGUCAAAUUUCAAGGAUUACGGCACCCCUACUAACUUUAUUGACGUCUUGACUAUGGACUUCACUCACAACGCAUUAAGAAAAGGUUUUGGCAUAGAUACAAUAAUAUGUGAUCCGCCAUAUGGAGUGAGAGAAGGACUCCGUGUUCUCGGUGCUAAAAAUGAGGAGAAGGCAGCCGGCAGAGAGAAAAACAUCGUUGAUGGUGAAGUCGCCCAUCUUAGGCGAGAUUUUGUACCGCCAAAAAAGCCCUACGAGCUUGCAGAUAUGUUGAACGAUCUUUUGCUGUUUGCGGGGGAGAGAUUGCCCGUAGGAGGAAGAUUGGCAUUCUGGAUGCCCACAGCCAAUGAUGAUUUUUCAGAGACAAUUAUACCGCAACACGAACGUCUCAGUUUACAAUACAGUCUCGAACAAGAAUUCCACAAAUGGUCGCGAAGACUCCUCGUUUAUGUCAAAAUGGACGAACUGUAUGCAGGUGAGACUCGGAAUGGAUUGAAAGAAUUAAAUAUCAGAAACUUCCGGGAACGUUAUUUCAGAGGAUUUAGUGAAAGGAGUCGAUAG